GACAGAAGGAACAGAAAUUCAAUUCCUAAAGAUUAGUAUGUUUGACGAUUUUGGAAACUAUUUGGGAAUUCAAUAAUUCACCUGGUAUUUAGGUCACCGGGCAGUUCGUUGAACUCUAAUUGGGGAGACUCGCAAAACAUCUAAAAAUAUUGUGUUGUGACUAACUCUAACCGUGUAAAUGGUGAAGUGUUUUAACUCUUGCGUUUCCUGUGGUUUAUGAAAGUACUUUCUGUGUUAGUCUGGUUUUGGGAAAGGGGAUGAGUGGUAUGUUUGAUAUGUGUUUGAUGUUGAAUCUAAUCUAAUUGAGUGAAAAUUUAAGUGAUUUAUCAGUGUUUGAUUUUGAAAAUACGAUGACCCGUGGUCCGACGAUAGUACGAGUAGCACCGGGGGCUGAGAAAGGAAUCAAAUGCUGCUGUUGCCGAUGCUGUGAAUGCCUCAAUCUUGGAUAUUUGACAUCUCAAAAUGGUCUCAUCAAAUUAGCUGAAGCGAUGUUAGGUGGUCUUUGCCAAAGCUUAUUAGUAAAGUAUGGAAUGUCUGAAGCAUCCAGCAUGGAGGGAGCAUUCCACAGCUUCCUGACGACGGCGUCUGCGUGCCUCCUCACCACGUCACUACUCAUCACAUGUUAUGUUCUCUCCAAUAAUACGCAACAACUAAUAAGGCAGUCCAUAUUUGAAUGCCUGUUUAAUGCGGUGGCAUGUUUCCUUUAUUUGUCGGCGUCCUCGUACAUGUGCGCGAUGGUGAACAUAUUCCUGUAUCCGAAGUAUGCACUCGUCAGCAUGUACUCUGCGUAUCCCGCGAUGACUGCUGUCUAUUACAUUGGGGUGGUGUUAGGAAUUCUACACGGCGUGGAUGCAUACAUAUCAUACCGAUAUCAUAAAGGCUAUCGGUGAAUAGAUUACGUUAAUUUAGUUUGCAUAGUCUUAAAAGAUUAAGCUUUGGCAUAUAUUUAAGGUAAUAAAUAUAAGUAGGUAAGUACAUAUAAUUUACUUGUCUUAAUAAUCUUUCUGGAUUACGGAAAAUGGGGACUUUUCCGUAAAAUGAUAAGGAUGAAUUUUUAUUUAUAAUAUUAUAUAUAUUAUCAACAAAAAUAAUGACUUGUGAUUCGAUAAUACAAUAUCCGAAAUAUUGCCAACGCCAAUUCGCGUAUAAUACAUGUAUAAAGUAUUUGACAAUAAUUAAGAAUUGCGAAGCAACACAAUAAUAAACUUUGUUAAACUCUUUGAGACUCUUUCCUAUGACGUUUAUGAAAUUCUUAAAAAAAUGAGAGAUUUUUACGAAGUUUGAAAAUUAAAGAAGAAGAACUAAAAUGUAUCAUUGCAAAGUGAAUAUAUGAUAAAAAUGAUAAGUAGUUCAAGGUUACUAGAUAAACAAAUAAGUGUUGAGUUUCUAAACUUCAUUGCUUCAGUAACUUUCUAAAAAAAGAUCUCAAUAAUUUAAAUAAUUUCAUCUUCAUAUAAGUAAAAAAUAUUUGUUUUCCAAAAUGUAGCAUAAUAAUGAAAACAGUUAAAUAACCUGUAAUCUCGAGAGAAAUCCUAAAAUAUGGUAAUCCUAUGCUCUUAUUAAUCUGUAGAAACGAUUGUAGAAACGAAUAUUAAUCUGUAUUUAGCUUGUUAUCGUAACCAUGUUGUUCUUUCUUACCAAUUGCUUUAUUAUGCGUAUAAAUUUAUUUUUUUAAUAAAAUUUUCAACGCUUAUUGGUUGUUUCAUUUAAAACUAAUUUGUUAUUCCGCAACGUCGCCCAAUUACAUUAUAGCUUAUGUCAUCCGUGUAUGAUAUGAAAUAAAAAUUGAAAGAUUUUUAUAAUCGGACCGGUAGUUUUGGAUGCAAAUUCAAUGCAAACAAACAAACAAUUAAAUCUUCCCUCUUUAUGAUAUUACUGGAGUAUAUUUCAUAUUAGGCGAUAACUAGUGAUUAUGAUAAUGAUUUCUUAGAGAAGAAUUGCGUGCGAUAUAAUUUUUCGUUUCUAUGAGUAUAUCAAAGUGGGAAACUACAAAAAAAUAUUGAGAUACUAUUUUUGAUAUUUGCAUUCAAAAUUAUAUGUAUUUGUUACAGAUAUUUCUGAAAAUAAUGGAUGUAUACAAGAAUAAUUAUUGGAAAACCGUAAAAUGUCAUUAUUAUAAUUGAAACUCUAAAAAAAUCAAAUUAAGGUUAUCGGCACAGCAAUAAAAAAUUGUGGUUAUCGUGCAUUAUUAAUUAGUACUAUUUUUAUAUUCGAAGUACAUAAAAGUAAUGAAAUAUUUUUAGAUUUUAUCUAAAUAUUCAGUUUAUUACUGCUCGUAUUACGCGGAUUACUGUAUAUCAGUGACUGAUGGACUUAUUAAGAUAAAACCUUUGUUUGCCUAUCGCAAGUUAACAUAAUCAAUAUAUUAUUAUAAUCAAUUUAUAACACUUCCACAUAGCUAAAAAGAGAAAAGUAAAUAUUGAAGGGCAUGAAAUGAAAUAGCAUUUAUUUAUCCAAUACAAAUUUAUUUUAUUUUUUAUUUUUUUUCUCCAUAAACUUUUAAAUUUAAACAAUGUGCUUAGUAUAAUCAUUAACAUAGGAGCCUGACAUCUAAACUAGGUAUCCUUGAAAGUUAUUACAUUAAAAUUAAAAUUACCAUCUUGUGUAUGCGUGUGUGUGUGCGUGUGCGUGUGCGUUGUAUGUGUGUGUUUAUAUUAUUUAUGUAUUUUAUAUUAUUUAGUCACUUUUUUUCAGUAUCAUUAUAUGAUUGACUUAAGAGCCAUUGUGUUACUAUUCUUUUACAUUGUAAUUUUGUUUGUAGGUUAUAUAUUAAAGAGUUUAUUAGCAUAAUUAUACAAUCUUUUACUCAUUAUAAAAAAUAAUCUCAAAGCAAAGACGUCUUAAGUGGCUUAAUCUGAAAUACUUUGAGGCGUCUACGGGAUAUUGUUGAAAUUGGUGCAUAAUCUAUAAGUAAACGUUGUUUUAGUAUGCUCAUCAAUAUAAAGAACUACCUGACUGUAAGAACCAAAGGAACUAAACUGUAAAAUUCAGUUGCUUUAUAUUAAGAAUAAUUUUCAGUAUGGCAUUGUGAAUGCAAAAUUAAUAAAAAUAUUGGUAUUUGGUGGAAACUUUGUUGUUGCCUGUACACUCAUUUUGACUUUACUUGAGUUUGAUUAAUUAAUAUCCACAUCUACUCGUAUUAAAAAAAUAUAUUAAUAGAGAAGAGGCAGUUUUGGAUCAUCGGAUUAUUAAACGCUUUCU